ACAUCACGGCCGUGCGUGUGGCGAUGCGAGCUUGGGAGCGAAGGUGAUCUUAGAGGGAGAACCACCCUAGGGCUUUGUUUCAGAAAGAAACAUGUCCACCCUUUCCUUCGGAUUCCCACCCCUGCAGCCGAGCCACACGGAAGAAGCGUGGUUCCCUCGCCUCGAGUCUGACGAGAUUGUGGUCGUCGGGCGACUGGAGGAUUCGGUGAGGCGGGCGAAGGACAAGGUCCGCUUGCACCCCUACCCGCCCUACGUCGGCCAAAGCACACCGGAGGAAGAGGACGACGCAACUGCCGACGAGGACGAUAACCAGGAGGAGAAGACCAGGGACACCCAAGACAUGGCGGCGCCGAGAGAGGGCGACGAGGCAGUGGCAACGGUGGCGGCUGCAGCGGCGGCGCAGGCGGCGCAUGUAGCGGAUGAGCCGUCAACGGGGGGUGAGGGUGCCAUGAUGGACGACGACGACGACGACGAACAAGCGGGAGAAGACGACGAAUCGGGGCAACCAGACUACUGACUGAAAACAGCCAACCUCAACCGAGUUUCCGCCCAGCUACAGUAGUCCCCUCCCUCGCUACUGACUGGGUGAAUCUGCGGGCGGAUGGCUGGCUGUACAGGCAGGACAGGACCAAGCUCACAUGCGAAUACAGACAGUCGCGAUCUGGCGAAGGACAAGUGAACGCACUACGUGUAGCGUACAAGUGUCCGAUUUCUUGUGGAUGUGGCGGACGCUGGCAUCUAUUAGGCAUGUCUCAAGUGUUGUGCAGGUGUUGAGCCAGCUCCGGCACGGUUCCGCCUUGGCUCUGUAUGUGCUGUCUGAGGUUGGUUGCAACAUCGUACUAUAGUGGAUCGUCACACGUUUGGUUUGUUUUGUGGGCAAUGUUGCCGUU